AUGUCUCUUCACAUGCGCAGCUACACGAGCCAUACAUUUAGAAGUUGUCACCGACCUAUCAGAAUAUAUACAUUUAUGCAAGCGUUUAGAAGGUUUGUCAGCAGAAAGUCCCUUCCUAAAGUCAUGAUAUCAGACAACGCUACGACAUACCAGUCUGCUGCUACCAGUCUCAGAAAACUGUUCCAGUCUGCAUCUAUUAGAACAUCACUGAGUGAAAUGGGUACAGAAUGGCGAUUUAUACCUAAGAGAGCUCCCUGGUACGGAGGAUUCUGGGAAAGACUCAUUGGCCUGACGAAGGUGACCCUUAAGAAGAUUAUUGGACGAGCGUACGUUACCCUGGAAACCCUUCAAACCAUCACUACAGAGGCAGAGUGCAUGAUUAACAAUCGACCGCUGACGCACGUUCCAUCCAGUCCAGAUGAUCCUAGACCACUGACCCCAGCACACCUGUUGUAUGGCCGCAAGACGACAUCAUUACCAUAUUCCAACGACAUUGAUGCCACUAACUGUGAUGUAACGUCAGAUCACACAUCACUUACCAAGCGAGCCCGGAUGCAGCAGACGCUAAUAGACCACUUUCGGCGCAGAUGGAUGUCCGAGUACCUGACGGCUCUUCGUGAACACCACCAGAAGACAGGAUGUAACGCCCAAACGAUAAAAGUGGGUUACGUUGUACUAAUCCAUGACGACUCUCCGAGAAUACGAUGGAAACUUGGACUGGUAGACGAGUUACUCAUUGGUAUGGACGGGUUAACACGAGCAGUCAAACUUAGAACUACUACAGGUGUGACGUCACGACCAAUCGUGAAGCUAUACCCACUAGAAGUAGGAAGUGUACCCACCACAGACGACAUCACUGACGAUGUGUGA